UCUUUAUUGAAACAGACGUCCAAUCACCGAGCAGUAUUUUUGAAUAAAUCUGCAUAUUUUGAACCGGGGGUACACCCAAGCGCUGAUAGGUUACGAGAACUAAGAACAGCCAAUCGAGUAAAUGACAAGCGCUCAGCUGGCAGCAAAGCCCCGCCUUUUAUGUAUUAAGUAGUAAACCCCGGAAACGCCGUCGUUUAAAGGUACAGGGGAGAAAUCACAGGCGAAAGGUUGGAACAACGAAAACAGCUGCGAGCACUCCAAAAACAGACAGCGACACGAGAAGACGAGUAAUUGUGCUUCGAAAGAGUCGGAAGACGACCCUAACAUCCUCCGGAGAAAGAGAUAAGACGCGUAGUUAAGGCGCUUGAUGGUCAUUUUAGAGGUUGGAACUCGAUUUUGGCCCUGUACCAACCUGGAAUCCGUCAAAGCGAGCAACACGACAAAAAAAUCUAACCAAAGGGGCAAACGGCACGUCACUGCGGGUCGCCUGGCACGAAUUUACCUUUCGGAGUGGACAUUCUCCCCCAGGAUUCGGGGUGUUAUGACCCUGUCAUGAUGUCAGAGGCAUUCUGCAAACCACGCCCAGGUGACGAAGCCGGCCGUGCGUGGCUGUCGGCCAAUCACAGAUGGAGUCCCACUAGAGUCACUUCUGGCUCGGGAGGAACUUCACUCAGGAGCCUGAUGCGACACUGACGUAUCACUUUGAUGAUUUGGUGAUAGACAUGCUUUUGUAGAGCCAUUUUUUUUCUCCCGGAUACAACUUCCAGAUGCUGUGUGUCUCCGUGGGCCGCAUUAGUGAAGGGCAGGCACAGAGGAGCUGUGCGACUCAUCUUGCUGAUUCACGCUGGACGACAGUCACAAAACGGGAACUAUAGGACUUGACGGUUCUGUGGAACCUCCUUUUCUGGCUCACGGUGCUCGUUGAGGACCCCGUUGCGCUCACGUAAGCCAGGACUGUCAUCUUCCAGACAUAGGAAACAUGCGGCACAUCCAUGUGGAGCUUUCUCACAAAAAAGCUCCGCUUGAGCUUCCAGCCCAGGAGGGGGACCUUCCUCCUCCGACGGCACCUGCACUGGGCCCGGACUCGGGGGUGAGACCGGGGGCUGCCCGGCACUUUGACCAAGAGGACUUGCGACAUCAAAAGGUCUAUCAGCUCUCCAUUUUCUCACAGUUAGGUGGAUUCGCGACCGCCACAGAGUCCCACAACGAUGCCCAAACGAGGCCGGUUCGCGUGGGCGUGAAACGGGGUCUCGAGGAGCCCCAGUUGACUCACAAGCGCCCCCAUGUGGCAAACUGCUCUGACAUAGAUGUACUGGAGGGAGGACUGCUGUGUGGGCCCGCUCCGAUGCCGGCGGUGUUGAUGGGCUUAGUCAGGAGCUCUGGCGGUUGCGGUGCUCUCUAUUCCUGCACACAAAUGGAGCACAGAGACUCUGAGGCCGGGUCAUUGCCCAGAUCCCCCCCACUGUCCCCGAACCACAACCCCUCCCGUCGGCCAGCUCAGCACAAUCACGACAGGCCCGUCCCCGAUGUGUUCGCACCCCUCUCGCCAAAAUCCCCCCCGAUGUGUGACCCUUCUCUGGGAAUCUCAGCCAGACCCGAAGCGCCGAACGGGGGGCGCACCCCCACCUAUUCCAUAGGAAGCCCCGGACAUGAGAGUUGUAGUAAUGGCACAGUCGGAGGCCUGCCCAACCCCCAUAUGUAUGACAUGCCCACAUACGAGCCCCCGAGCCCCGCCAGUCCCACAAGCCCCCCGGGCCCCUUCUCCCCCCCACACCACACAGAACUCCAAGAACCAGGAGAGGCCACCGAAUGGGACGUCGGGCUGGAAUCCUCCCCGCCUGAGCGAAGCGCCACCCAGACCGCUUCUUCCUCCAAUGGCCUGGCUUCGUGGGAGAAGACUCCCAGCAGCAACGGCCACCGUUUAUCGGCAGCGGGCCACUGGCCGGCGAAGAAGAGGUUGCUGUCCCCGAGCGAAACCGCCGAGUCGUGCUCGGAAGACGAGGGGCCGUCGACCUCCAAGAGGAGCAGGCUCUCGUUGCUGGCUCCGGGGCUGGGAUCGUGUCGUAGCACUGAUGCUAAAGCUGCUCCUUACUGGAACCACCUUCUUCCUCCUAAGUGUGCCACAGACUGUACGAGAUCAGGGAGACGACUGAAAAGUGGCCCACGUGUAAAAAGCCGGCAGCUGCGCAGCGGUAGACAUGCGGACAGCAGAACCUUGGCCCGUUCCAGCUGGCCCUCUUCUUCCAUCAGCCGAUCACUAUUAGGAAACUUUGAGGAGUCCAUGCUAAAGGGCCGCUUCUCGCCAUCGGGCCGCAUCGAAGGCUUCACGGCGGAAAUCGGCGCCAGCGGCUCCUACUGCCCGCAACACGUCACGUUGCCCGUGCAGGUUACAUACUACGACAUCUCCGAGCACAGUGCCCCCUCGCCCUUCCUGGGUUUGAUAUCCUUGGAGCAGCUUGGAAAGAAAGGAUACAGCAUACCCAAAGCGGGGACCAUUCAAGUGACCUUAUUUAAUCCCAACAAAACUGUGGUAAAGAUGUUCCUGGUGACCUACAACUUUGACGACAUGCCGACCAAUCACAUGACGUUCCUGCGUCAUCGCAUCUUCCUGAUGCCUGUCGAGGAGGAGGGAGAUGGCAAGAAACACGGAUUGGCAGGGAGCGCGCCGCUAGACGGCAGGAAGAUUCUCUGCUACCUGAUACAUCUCAGAUUCCACAGCUCCAAAUCUGGGAAGAUCUACUUGCACAAUGAUAUCCGGCUGCUAUUCUCCCGCAAGCCCGUGGAAGUGGACACGGGGAUCCCUUACGAACUGAAAUCUUUCACCGAGGUGCCAAGUAACCCCAAAUACUCCCCGCGUGUGUGACCUUCCUGCGCUUCCUAAAGAAGAGGGAGCCGAACAGACUGGAUUUGACAAGGACAGAAAAACAGACGGACAGACUGUAUUCGGGAAGCCAAAACGCCUACAGGACUCGCUCUUGAUCCAGUGCGGGUCAAAAGUCUGUACAGAGAAAUGCACAAACACUGACUCUCUCUCACACACACACACACACACAUUCAUAAACACCGCUGACUGAAUUCAGACUCCACACGUCCGGUGGCGACUCACGUUUAACUUGCAUGCCUUGUGACUUCAACACCUGAGUUUUCCUCGAGUGCCGUACUUCUCACACUGUCCUUCACUCUGCCCGCACACGUAGCACAAGAAGUCAUUUCACUCUUCACGAAAGGGUGAUUGAAUUGAAAGACACGGUGCGGUCGACAGACACUAAAGAGAACGUAUGAGUAAGGAUAUCGGUCAGUCAUGUAAGAAGACCCCAAUGUUAUUUGACACUUUGGGAGGGGGGGGGGAAAAUCAACAAAAACACAUCAACUUCCUGUUAUGUGGCCAGACUGAGGGACAAUGUGCUUUUUUUUUUUUUUUUUUU